UGGACAGUCCCAAUGUUGCGGAGAAGGGAGGGUAUUGGGGAGGGAAAGAAAAGAUACGCGGGCGGAGCUAACUCCGUGUGCAGAGCAAGACAUGGAGGAACGCGGGUCGCCCGACGGGGACCCCGCGCGGAGCCUGGAGCAGGGGCCAGAGGGGCCGGAAACGCCCAUCCAGGUGGUGCUCAGGGUACGUCCCAUGAGCGCGGCCGAGCUGCGUCGAGGGCAGCAGAGCGUGCUGCACUGCUCAGGGACCCGGACUCUGCAGGUAAGCCCCCCAGGCGGGGGUCCCGAAGUGGCGUUCCACUUCGGUGCGGUGCUAGACGGGGCUCGCACGCAGGAGGACGUGUUCCGGGCGUGCGGCGUGCGGCGCCUGGGCGAGCUGGCGUUGCGUGGGUGAGUGAAGUUUCGCCUCCACUUCUCGCCCGGCCUGGCGGGGUCCCAACAAACCCCCAGUCCCCACCCCGGCCCGCCGCCAGGGUCCAGCCACGCCCUUGCGCCUGCAGCUUCUCCUGCACUGUCUUCACCUUUGGCCAGACGGGCUCCGGGAAGACCUACACCCUGACUGGACCCCCUCCCCAGGGGGAGGGGGUGCCAGUACCCCCCAGCCUGGCUGGCAUCAUGCAGAGGACCUUCGCCUGGCUGUUAGACCGUGUGCAGCACCUGGGUGCCCCUGUCACUCUUCGCGCCUCUUAUCUGGAGAUCUACAAUGAGCAGGUUCGGGACCUGCUGAGCCUGGGGUCUCCCCGGCCUCUCCCUGUUCGCUGGAACAAAACUCGGGGCUUCUAUGCGGAGCAGCUGCGGGUGGUGGAAUUUGGGAGUCUGGAGGCCCUGAUGGAACUUUUGCAAAUGGGUCUCAGCCGUCGAAGGAGCUCAGCACACGCCCUGAACCAGGCCUCCAGCCGAAGCCAUGCCCUGCUCACCCUGUACAUCAGCCGCCAAGCUGCCCAGCAGAUGCCUCCUGUGGAGCCUGGGGAGCCCCCUGUUGGUGGGAAGCUGUGCUUUGUGGACCUGGCAGGCAGCGAGAAGGUAGCAGCCUCGGGAUCCCGUGGGGAGCUGAUGCUGGAGGCCAACAGCAUCAACCGAAGUCUGCUGGCCCUGGGUCACUGCAUCUCCCUGCUGCUGGACCCACAGAGGAAGCAGAGCCACAUCCCUUUCCGGGACAGCAAGCUCACCAAGUUGCUGGCGGACUCACUGGGAGGGCGUGGGGUCACCCUCAUGGUGGCCUGCGUGUCCCCCUCAGCCCAGUGCCUUCCUGAGACUCUCAGCACCCUGCGAUAUGCAAGCCGAGCUCAGCGGGUCACCACCCGCCCACAGGCCCCCAAGUCUUCUGUGGCAAAGCAUCCCCAGCGUUUGGAGACGGAGAUGCUGCAGCUCCAGGAGGAGAACCAUCGCCUGCAGUCCCAGCUGGACCAAUUGGACUGCAAGGGGCUCAGUGGCAGCCGGGUAGCCUGGGCCCAGCGGAACCUGUACAAGAUGCUACAGGAGUUCAUGCUGGAGAAUGAGAGGCUCAGGAAAGAAAAGAGCCAGCUGCAGAGUAGCCGCGACCUGGCCCGGAAUGAGCAGCGCAUCCUGGCCCAGCAGGUCCGUGAACUAGAGAGGCGCCUCCUCUCUGCCUGCCACCGUCGCCAGCCAGGCCCUGGCCUGGCCCCAUCGUGUCCCUGCUUGAUGGCCCCAGCUCCCCCUUGCCACGCACUGCCACCCCUCUGCUCCUGCCCCUGCUGCCACGUCUGCCCGCUGUGUCAAGUGCCCCUGGCCCACUGGGCCUGCCUGCCAAGGGAGCGCCACCUGUCCCAGGUGUUGGGCCCUGAGGCCUCAGGUGGCAGGCCCCCAUCUGCCCGACCCCCACCCUGGGCACCCCCAUGCAGCCCUGGCUCUGCCAAGUGCCCAAGAGAGAGGAGUCACAGUGACUGGACUCAGAUCCGAGUCCUGGCGGAGAUGGUGACGGAGGAGGAGGUGGUACCUUCUGCACCGCCCCUGCCUGUGAGGCCCCCGAGCACAUCACCAGGGCUGAGAGGUGGGGCCGGGGUUCCAAACCUGGCCCAGAGACUGGAGGCUCUCAGAGAUCAGAUUGGCAGCUCCCUGAGACGUGGCCGCAGCCAGCCACCCUGCAGCAAGGGGUUACGGAGCCCAAGCCAAGUCCUUCCUCCCCAUUGAAGGCCAAGAGGGAACCCAGGAGACUGCUGUGUGACCUCAGACCGGGCUCUACGCUCUUGGGCUUCAGUCUCCCCAUCUGCUGAAUGGAGACAGCAGCUACGGUUCAACCUGCAGCUGGGCUAGAGGCAGGAACUGGGGGUAUAUUUAGGGGAGCAGGGGGAUUCAGCAUGAAAUAAAUGAAUAAAGAGAGGCAUCCGCUCCAA